CAUCUGGGAAUGGAAGUAGUACUGGGAAUUAGGCCGCCGGAGAGGAUAGCACACCGUCGUCACCCAAGUUGAAUUGAAUGGACACAAGCGCUUUAAGAACGCUAAACGCAUUAACGCCUCUCCGUUCUCGCUUCCAAUCAAGGACUUUUGGGUUUGGCUCUUCCUCCUCCUCCUCCUCCCCUCAAGUACUCAGGUCCAAGUUCCACUCUCCUCUCGCCCCCUCCUCCUCCUUCUCCUUCCACCGCCUCUCUCCACUCUGCUCUCUCUCUGAAAAUGUCAAUGGGAGCGCUCUGCCGCCAGGGGUUGGUGAGGCAGUUGCCGAAUCUUCCAAGAAAAUUCUUCAUGUUGUCUUAGUUUCUCCUCAGAUUCCUGGAAAUACUGGUUCCAUUGCAAGAACAUGUGCAGCAUCAGCAGUUGGUCUCCACCUAGUUGGGCCAUUAGGAUUUCCAGUGGAUGACACUAAGCUAAAGCGUGCAGGAUUGGAUUAUUGGCCGUAUCCAAGCUUGUAUUUCUAUUUGUAGCAUUUUCAUAUUUAACUGUCUUGUUAAGGUGUUUCAUGUUUGCCCUUCUAUAUGCCUGCAUUAUUCUUCAUUCAAAGAGCCAAUAUUUGUCUUUUCUUCACAGGGUUCUGCCACAUAAGUUCACUUCUUUUCUUUUUAGAUUUUUAAAUAGAUUAUUAGAAGCUAUAUCGUUAAUUCUUGCUCUUCAAUCUUUAAGUGGACAUGUCCAGUUUUCAACUUUUACUUUGAUGUUAGAUUUGUUGUUGUUAAAGUUCAUGGCUCAUGGACAGAAUUUCGAGACUAUUUCGAGAAACAGGAGGGUGAUAAGCGAUUGCUUGCAUUUACUAAAAGAGGAACAACAAUUCAUUCGGAGUUUUCUUACAGAAAGGGUGAUUAUCUGGUAUUUGGCUCGGAAACAAAGGGCCUUCCUCCUGAAGCCUUAGUGGACUGCAAAAGCAACUCCUUCGGGGGUGGAACCAUUCGGAUUCCAAUGGUUGAUACUUAUGUUAGAUGCUUGAAUCUCUCUGUUAGUGUCGGUAUCUCUGUUUAUGAAGCUUCUAGACAACUGAAUUAUGAACAGCUUCAAAACCCCUCUGAAAGUUGUAUUGAUGGAGAAAGAUGUUUCAACACUGAAGACAUUUUUGCUUGAUCUAUCAAAUCUUAAUCACAGUUUGGAACCCUUGUGGAGGUUUAUUGGAGUUGCCUCUAUUUGUAGGUCAAUUUACAUUUCAGAUCUGUGAUUCUUUGGAAAACAUUUUUGAAAAUAUCAUUAGUAUUUGUUAUUUAAAAGCUUUUUUCUAUUAGAAUUUCACUAUGAGAACUUAGAUUUUCAUAUAUCUGUUCUGUCAUUAUUUAAGUAAUGCAGCAAACUUCAUAAUUACUACUACUAUUCUAUUCCAUUGACCAUGCUUCUGUUUGCUCUUCCAUGCAUGAUGGGAUCUAUCAAUGAAUUAGAGUGUGUCUA